AAUUAAUUAGCAUUAGAAAGUGUAAAUCGAUAACUGAUAUUUAGAUCCAUUCACUAAAAAAUAAAAUUUUUAGUGAGUAUUUACUUCAUUUAUAGGGUGGAACCAAUUAUUUUAACGGUGCUUGGCGGUGAAUAUGUGCCUUUUUAAGUUCAAAGUAAAAUAUACCCACACUGUUCAGAUUCUAAGAAAAUGCCUUCAGCAUGCAUCAACCACCUUGCAGCCCAACCCUUGUGGCUUCUUCUAAUCUCAUCUCUUGGCUUUCUCUCCCUCCUCAAUCUCUCCCUCUCAUUUCUCAACUGGGUUUAUGCAACAUUGCUCAGACCACCAAAGAAUCUGAGUGAAAAAUAUGGCUCUUGGGCUCUCAUCACCGGAGCCACAGACGGUAUAGGCAAAGCCUUUGCUUAUCAACUAGUCAAACAAGGCCUAAACCUAAUACUAGUGAGCAGAAACCCCAGCAAACUCAAAACCGUCUCAUCUGAAAUCCAAGCAGAGUUCCCUGAAACCAAGAUCAAGACUGUGGUGUUUGAUUUUUCCGGGGAAAUUGUAAGUGGGAUUCAUCUUAUAAAAGACGCCAUUAAAGGGCUUGAUGUGGGUGUUCUGAUAAACAAUGUGGGUGUCACAUAUCCUGAAGCUAGAUUCUUCCAUGAAGUGGAUGAGCAAAUUUGGAUGGGGAUUGUUCGAGUAAAUUUGGAGGGCACCACUAGGGUUACUAGAGCAGUUUUGCCAGAGAUGCUCAGAAGAAAAAGAGGUGCUAUUGUUAAUAUUGGUUCAGGAGCUGCCAUUGUUGUUCCUUCACAUCCUCUCUUCACCAGCUAUGCUGCUACAAAAGCUUAUGUUCACCAAUUAUCAAGAUGUUUGUACGUGGAAUACAAAAGCUGUGGGAUUGAUGUGCAGUGUCAGGUGCCACUGUAUGUUGCAACAGAAAUGACAUCAAAAGUAGCGUCUAUAAAGAAUUCAUCACUGUUUAUACCAUCGGCAGAAGGCUACGCAGAAGCCGCUAUUCACAAAAUUGGGUAUGAAGAACGUUGCACCCCCUACUGGCCUCACUCCAUCCAAUGGUUCUUCUGCCGUCUCCUUCCCGACUCCCUUCUCGAUUCUUGGCGUCUCUCAAUCGGUAUUCGCCGAAGAGGAACAUCAUUUCUUGAAUGAAAAUUUCUUGUUUGAAUUAGAUCUACAUGAAAUUGAAGUACAUCUAAAUAAAGCCCAAGGCCUAUCUGUUUUUCUCCAAUCUUAUCUUGUUGGCCAUUUGCUUGCCACUUGGUAAUGGAGGUUUGAGGUUCAUGUCUUUGUUUCAGCAUAUUGAUGACCUUACAAUUCCCAUUUAAGCUUUCUUGUCUGUUUGGUCUGCC